UGCUGCUUCGGAAGCGAGCUUCAGCGUAUAAGCGCACCCACCCCAUCUUCCUGAGUAGUCGUUGUCACAUCCGUGCCCAGCCAGCUGCUCGGAUGCUCGACUUAAAGAUAAACUUUUGGCCCCACUUUACUGAUCUAAAAAGUGUUACACGGAUUCUGGUGUGAUUUUUGUUUUCUUCGACGUGUCACCGACGGUAACGUUACCACCACUGCCUGGUCGUCGUUUCUGCACAGAGGGGUUACUCACCCACAUUUUUGGAACCACUGCCUAUGUGAUGGAUCUCCAAAAUUCUCUCAAAGCCACACUGAAGAACAAAUAUCAGACACUGAAUGAAGGGUACUCUGAAAAGUCAUUACUUCCUUCAAGACUUUGCUAUCGGGAACUCAAGCGUGACUACAAAUCUGCUGAAUUGCACCAGCAUGAGUUUAGACACAUUGACAAAUCUGACCUUAAUUCUUGGACAUUUUUUGAAACCGUCCCUCUCGCAGAUAUUUUAUCAUGCGACUGCAAACACAACAGCAGCAAAAGAACAGUCAUCACUUUAGGAGUGUGUGGAGUUGGAAAAACCACAACAGUGCAGAGCUGUGCUCUGGAGUGGGCAGAGGGUAAAGGGUACCAUGACAUCCAGCUCAUGUUUCCUCUCACAUUCUGGGAGUUAAGUUUGCUUAAGUGCAAACUGAGCCUCAUUGAACUUCUGCUGACGUUUUACCCUGAUUUGAAGGAGCUAGACGUUUCCAGCCUAAACAAAAACAAUGUGUGGUUUGUCCUUGAUGGACUGGAUGAGUAUCAUUGCCAGCUAAACUUCCACUGUCCAACUGUGAGUGACGUUUCUGAGGUAUCCACAGUGGAUACUCUGGUGACAAAUCUGAUCAGGGGGAAUUUACUUCCCAGCGCUCAUAUAUGGCUAACGACCCGAUAUGCAGCAGCAACGCAAAUCCCUGAUUGCUUUUUGCUUAAAGAGACCGAGGUUCAAGGGUUCAGUGAUGAACAGAAGGAGCAGCACUUCCGGGCAGUUAUCGGUAAUGACGAUCUCGCCAACAAAGCCAUCGACCACGUGAAUGCAUCAAGGAAUCUGGAAGGCCUAUGUCAGAUACCUCCAAUCUGCACCAUCAUGGCAUAUGUGUUGAAUAAUCAUCUAAAAUCACAAGAUGGGUUUAGAAUGAGUCCUCUGAGUUUAACCCAGAUUUACACAAAACUGGUCAAAUCCUCAAACUCAGACACUUUUGCCAAGCUGAAAAAUCUGGCACUGCUUCAGAUGGAAGAAGAGGGUAAUGUGCUGUAUGAGCAUCAUCUUCGAGGCAGUGACAUAAGUGUUGAGGAAGCGUCAGCUUUCUCCAAAGAGUGUCCGCUUGUGUUGAGAGAAGAGAAGGGGCUGCAUAACACCACAGUGUUUCGAUUUGCUCACCUGAGCAUUCUGGAGUUCUUUGCUGCUUCAGCUGAAAUGGACAAGAUGGAUAGCGCCGCGGACCAGUCUGUGUUUUGUCAGUUAAUGGUGGACGAGUUGUUGCAGAAUGUCGAGGGGAAAUUGGAUGUCUUCCUUCGCUUUAUCUUUGGCCUCAUUAAGGAACGCGGCAUGUUGGAACCCUGGGAUCCAAUGAUUGAGUACAUCAAGAGGAAGAUCCUGGAGAACAUUGUGUCACAGAGCGCUGUGAGUCUGUUUCACUGUCUGAGGGAGUACGACAACCAGGCUCUACAGGAAGAGGUCAAGAUCUUUCUUAAGUUUGGCAGCUCUCCAAUCCUUUACAUCUCACCAGUCUGUUGGCAAAUCUUGAUACAAAGAACUGGUGUUUUUGAAGGGAUGGAAGAGAGUUUUGAGAUGCAGGUAUCCACUGGAAGUGAUGAAAGACUCCUCAAGCAGCUACCAGCUAUUCUGAAAUCCAAGAAAGCCAUGCUGCGAUUCUCCAACCUGACAGACAAGUGUUGUCCAGCCUUAGCAGCAAUCUUGAGCACGAGACAGUCAUACCUGAGAGAGCUUGACCUGGGAUACAACAGCAUCAAUGACAGUGGAGUCAGGAAGCUCGUGGAGGGGCUGAGCAAUAAAAACUGCAGACUGAAAACAAUCAGGUUGCAAGCCUGCGGAGUGACCUCGCAUGCCUGUGAAUACCUCGCCACAGCCCUGAGACAGUCCCAGAAACUGCUGGAGUUGGAUCUCAGCAUGAAUGAAAUAGGAGAUGACGGCCUCACACACCUCGCAAAAGGUCUAAGAUCUCCCGACUGCCAGUUAGAAACACUCAAACUAUCGCAGUGCAACAUUGAGCAAAGAGGCUGCUGUGACCUGGCCUCGGCUCUUCAGAAGAACUCCGACCACCUGAAAGUGUUGGAUCUGAGCAUCAAUAUGAUCAGAGACAGAGGGGCCAUGGAGCUCUUCAAAAAAUUUGACAUAUGGAAGCUGACAAAGCUGGAGAUGUGUCACUGUGGCCUCACUGCAUUGAGCUGUGGAGGUAUCGGGGAAGCUCUAAAGUAUGAAUCCAGCACUCUGGUAGAACUCAAUGUGAGCAACAACAACUUGAAGGAUGCAGGCUUUGCGCUCAUCUGCGAAGGCAUGUAUGCAUGGUGUAGUCUGAAGAAACUCAAUGUGUCAAGAUGUGGAAUCACCGGUGAGGGUUGCUUUUAUUUGGCAAAAGUGCUGUGUUCAAUCUCCCAGCUCUACAGUGGGCACAUUCAACAAACAGACUGGCAGGCAGUCGAGCUGCAAGACCUUGACCUCAGCAUGAACAGCCUCGGAGACAAGGGAGUCAAAGAAAUGUCAGCCGGAUUGACUAAUCCAUACAGCCAUCUGAAAACUCUCAACCUGAGCCACUGCAGCCUGACUGACGGCUGUUGUGCAGAGCUUGCAUCAGGAUUUGCGUGUAAGGGGAGCAUUAUCAGAGAGCUGGACCUGUCUGGCAAUGACCUUCAGGAUAAGGGAGUGGAGAAACUCUGUGAAGGACUCAGAAGCCCUCAAACUAAACUUGAGACACUGUCACUGAGGGCCUGUGGCUUGAGCUCGAGGAGCAUUCAGUUCCUGACCACUGCCUUGAAGUCAAACUCCCAACAUCUGACAGAGCUGCAUCUGAUGGGCAACAAUCUGGGGAACUCAGGAGUCAGAGUGCUGCAGGAGUUAACAAACAACCAGAAAUAUGCCUUGCAUACCAUAGACGUCUCAACAGAUUGAAGAGACUGAGAGAAAACAGACUCAAGGACGCAAUCUGGUCAAACUGACUCACAUUUGUCAUUUCAUACACUGACUUGAUAGUGGGAUGGUUCUUGUAUUUCAGUGCAUAUUGUACCUACAAUAUUGAAUUUAAUCUGUUAAAAGAAUAAUUUAAGAAAUUAUGUGACAUACCAAACAUGCAUCUAAAAGGCAAAAUCUAUUAGCAUUUCAAAAUAUUGUGAUUUUUUUUUUCAUUUCUGCAUUCUAAAAGGCAUGAAUGCAUGUUUUUCUACAGUGCUUUAGUUUGAAACCACAUUUUCUUGGGUUGCAGUACACAGCACUUGAAAGGAAGAUUAUCUGAGAAAAGUGACGUGAAUAUAUUCACUGAAAUAAUGUAUGUACUUAUAAAAUAUAUGUCUUAAGAAUUUUGUUUCUACACUAUUACUAUUUUAUUUUUUGUGAUGUAUUUAUUUCUUUUCUACGUUGUAAGGUGAUGUUUUAUGCACUGCCUUAGCUCAAUGUUUUCUUGGGUUGCAGUGCACAGCCCCUCAAGGGAGAUUAUCUGUGAAAGUGUUUUAGGUAAUAUAUCCUCUCAAAAUAUGUGCCUGCAGCAUUGUUAUGUACAAUUACCUGUGAAUCUGAUGCAGAAACUGAAAUGAAUGUAAUCUCUGAUUACAAAAUAAACUCUUUAUUUUUCUUCAA